CUCAGUGAAAGACAGAGCUGCAUUCUGAGUCAACACCUUUCAAGAGCAGCAGAAUUGUGGGGGUUUUUCCAACUGGUUUCUUCAUCUUCAGAGGGCACAUUUGGACAUUUUUGGUCCUUCUCUUAUUUUGUGACCUGCCAUGCCAUCUUACACAGUAACUAUAGCCACAGGGAACCAGUGGUUUGCAGGGACAGAUGAUUAUGUCUACAUCACGCUGGUGGGCACGGAGGGAUGCAGCGAGAGGACACUGCUGGACAAACCCCUCUAUAACGACUUCGAGAGGGGGGCGGUAGACUCAUAUGAUGUGAAAGUUGGUGAGAACUUGGGUGAUAUCAUGCUGGUUAAGAUUGAAAAGAAGAAAUAUUGGAUGCUGGAUGACUGGUACUGCAGGUAUGUCACUGUCAAGACCCCAUGUGGAGAUUAUGUGGAAUUUCCCUGCUUUCGCUGGCUGGUGGAUGACAAAGAAGUGAUCCUGCGGGAUGGACGAGCAUUUCUGCCUCAGGAUGAUAAAACCAGCCUAGUAAAGCAGCACAGACAAAAAGAGUUGGAUCAGAGAAGAAAAACCUACAGAUGGAAGGAGUGGCAGCCAGGCUUCCCUAUGAGCAUAGAUGCAAACAGACACAGGGACCUGCCCAGAGACAUCCAGUUUGACAGUGAAAAGGGAGUGGACUUCAUACUAAACUACAGUAAGGCAAUAGAGAACCUGUGUGUGAACAGCUUCAUGAACAUGUUUCAGUCUUCGUGGAGUGACCUUGCAGACUUUGAGAAAAUCUUUGUGAGAAUCAAAAACACAAUCUCAGAGUAUGUGAUGCAACACUGGGAAGAAGAUUUCAUGUUUGGAUACCAGUUUCUGAAUGGUUGUAACCCAGUGUUGAUUUCCAAAUGCACCAAACUUCCUGACAAGUUCCCUGUUACUGAUGAGAUGAUUUCUGUCAGCCUGGAAAGGGAUCUGACCCUGGAGCAGGAAAUUAAGGCAGGUAACAUAUACAUCGUUGACUAUGAAAUGUUAGAGGGCAUUAAUGCGAACUCCACAGACCCAAACACGCAGCAGUACCUGGCUGCUCCAAUGUGUCUCCUAUACAAGAACGUACGGAACAAGAUCCUGCCUAUAGCCAUACAGCUGGGCCAGAAUCCGGAUGAAAAUCCAGUCUUCCUUCCCACUGACAGUAAGUAUGACUGGAUGCUGGCUAAGAUCUGGGUACGAUCAGCUGACUUCCAACACCACCAGACCAUCUCACACCUGCUCAGGACACAUCUGAUAACAGAGGUGUUCGGUAUCGCCAUGUACAGACAGCUUCCGGCUGUUCACCCAGCAUUUAAGCUGCUCAUCCCACACAUUCGUUUUACUAUCGCGAUCAAUACCAAGGCCAGAGAACAGCUCAUCUGUGAGAGCGGGAUAUUUGACAAGGCAAAUGCAACAGGUGGAGGUGGCCACGUCCAACUUGUCCAGAAGGCCAUGAAGACUCUUACCUACAGGUCUUUCUGCUUCCCCGACAUGAUCAAGAGCCGCGGCGUGGACAGCACGGAGGAUCUGCCCACCUAUUUCUACAGGGAUGAUGGCUACAAGGUGUGGGAAGCCACCAAAAGUUUUGUCUCUGAUGUGGUGGGUAUUUACUACACCAGUGACGAGAGAGUGCAGGGAGACGAGGAAAUCCAGGCCUUUGUCAAAGACGUGUGCAGCUUUGGUAUGCAGGACUUCGAUCACUGCGAGUUUCCAAAGUCUCUGAAGACACGUGAUGAACUGAUAGAGUACCUGACUGUUGUUAUAUUCACUGCUUCGGCCCAGCAUGCUGCAGUAAACUUCGGACAGUAUGACUGGUGCUCCUGGAUCCCCAAUGCUCCGUCUACCAUGCGGAAACCCCCUCCGAAGGAGAAAGGGCAGGCAGAUAUAAAAACGAUCAUUGAUAGCCUCCCUGAUCGUGGCCGCUCCAGCUGGCACCUGGGGGCCGUGUGGGCCCUCAGCCAGUACCAGGAGAAUGAGCUGUAUUUGGGUAUGUAUCCAGAUGAACACUUCAUAGAGAGUCCAGUGAAGGGGGCCAUGGAGAGGUUCAGGAAGCAGCUGGCAGAGAUAAGCAGCCUCAUCAAAAGGAGGAACGAGGAAAAGAAGCUGCCGUACUACAACAUGUCUCCAGACAAAAUCCCAAACAGUGUUGCUGUUUGAGGAGUAAAGCUCACCUCAUCUAUAUCUAAUCUAGCUUUCUACUGCUGUGUUAAAGAGCAUGAGAAAUUGAGGUUUUUGCAACUAUAGAAAAAUGUGUAUUUGUGAUUCAGUUUUGUCUAGUUUGUGACCAUUGUGUUACAGAUAUAAAGGAGAGAUUAUAAAUUUAAAACUUAACUGCCUUCUGCAGGUUCCCAUUUUGAGAUACAAGUGCGACGUUUAACACAGUCUUGAUGCUUCAGACAAUUAGUGACUAAACAAAUUGACCAAUCAAAAGAGGGGACCCUGGAAAUAUGAAUUCCACAAUAGGUUAAACCAUCCAGCAAACUGUUUUGGUUUAUCGCUGUUGAUAUUUUCAUAUUUAUCUGAAGAAUAUAAAUCAGAAUAUAAAAAAAGACUUCUAGUCAAAAUGUUUUAUUGAAGGUCUGGAUCAAGUGAGAUUUUCAAAGCAAUAAGCUAAGACAUAAAGUACUGUAAUAAUACAAUUACUAUUAGUGAACAAAAUAGGAGCUCAAAGUCAUCACUUUGCAAAUUUUGCUAAUAUUUUUUACUCUGUUUUCAAAAGUAGCUCAAUGUUAUGGAUUAGUAAUCUUAUUUUUCUGUUUUGUAAAAAGAUAUUGCAGUUUAAUAGCAUUGGAUGUAUGUGCUCUAGAAAUGAAACUUUGAUUGUGUGUAACUUAAGAAUUCAGUUUGCUACAGACAACUUCACUUAUAGUGAACCAUCCUGCUUGCUGUUGUUUGUGACCUAUUGUCACAAACCUUGGUUUUUAAAAUCCAGAUUUUUUAACUGAGGCAACUGGCCAAGAUGAAAAAUAUCUUGUGGAAAGAUGACCUUAAAACAGUGAUUCAUGCCUUUGUUACAACUCUGCUGGAUUACUGUAACUCUUUGUAGCUUGGAGUUAGUAAAUCAUCCUUGUCACACCCUCAGUUUGUGCAAAACACUGAUGCACAGAAAGCAGAAGAGAGAGCAUAUACUCCUAUUUGAUACUCUCUGCACCUGUUGCCUGUCCAUUUUGAAGCUCUUGUUUUUAAGGCUUUAAAUGGUCUUGCUCCUCCCUACCUUUCUGAGCACCUGCCCUCCCAGUCUCGGUCACUCAGAUCAGCUGGCCAGCUUUUGCUGGAGGUGCCAAGGACACGGCAGAAGCUUUGGAGGGAGAUCUGACUUUUGCCGUUGCAGCUCCCAAACUAUGGAAUGCUUUGUCACUUGAUAUGAGAAAGUCCUCUUCACUAGCCAUUUCUUUUGUUUUCAUAGUCAGGCCAUUUUUUUCAACAUAUACAAAAUUCCCCUAGCUCAGAUUAUGGAGUACCACAAAAUCUCUGUGCAGAUGAUAGACAAUUUUCUAUUUCUGAGUGUACCAUCACUUGACUGUUCACUACGGUGACUGACUCAUUGUGUUUAAAAUAUCCACCAGGGGAAGAGUCAACCUUGUCUCCAGCUUAAUAGAGAUGACAGAAGACCUUGUUUUUGGUUCCAAGAAUACUAGGUUAGAACUUAGAGACCACAGAGCAAGCAAAAACCUAGGUGUUAUCGACUCAGACCUGAAUUUUAACAACUAUAAAAAAUUUGUUACUAAUUCUGCCUUUUUCUACCUUUAAAAUGUUACUAUAUUUAUUAAUUUCUUAUUACACAGAAAACUGCUGCAGGCCUUUAUCUUCAGUAAGUUAGAUUAUUGCAGUGAUGUCAAUAAAGUUUCUUUAAAAAUCUGUCAGGCAACUGCAGCUCGUCCAAAACUCUGCCACAGGAACCUUGACGAAAACCAGGAAAAUAGAUCAUACCACAGCGGUCCCCAAAUCACGGCACUGGCCCCAUGUUUGGAGAGAUUUAAAAAAACCUGGUGAUGGCCUUUAAGGCAUUGAAUGGUCUUGGAGUUUUUCGCCAGGAAUGAACCAUGUUGGCCCCUCAGGUUAUCUGAGACAUGUUCAGUCCGCACUCCCAGGACCGAAACCAUUCAGUUCUCAUGUUCCUCAGCUCAUGCAUCAACUUCCCGAAAACCCAGGAUGUGCAGAAACUGUUGGCUCCUUUAAAUUUAGGGCUGAAAACAUCACUGUUUACCUCAGUUUCCCUCAGGCCAAAGACUGCCUCAUCAUUUACUUGAUAUCACUUCUUUUUUUUAUUUUUAUGAAGCAGCCUUUUAACAUUUCUUUUUUUAUGGGAUGCUUUAUGUUUAUCGUGUAUUUUAAAAAUGUGUAUUUUGAUGGUGUUUUUAUGCAGGUUAUCACUAGCCAUUUCUAAAUCUCUUAUUCUUAUUAAUCUCUUAUUAAGACCCACCUCUUCUCUUUGGUUGCUGAUCUGGUAUUAAAUAGUUAAUAUGGCGUAUUUUCUUGCUACUUUUGCUUUAAUUACUUUCUCCAAGAAUUUUGUUUUUGCCUGCCCGUCCGUCUGUUUGCAGAUUUGGAUAACAUUUUCUGACAAGGUGCAUAUUAGGACAAGGAACAGAUAAUUACAUCUUGGUGGUGAUGCGGUGCGCCAUCUGGAUUUAGGAUUUUCUUGACGGAUUCUUUAUCAUUGCCAGACCAUGGUGCGCCAGCUUGGAAUUCCCACAUGGUUUCUCACCCCGUCAGCUGCUGACAUGCAGUGGUCAGAAGUCAUCCAGAGUAUGGCUCAUCAGUAUAGGCUGACCUGCAUCAAUGACCCGAUUUCUAGUUUCUGACCUUUAAUCAUUCUGUUUGUUUUAAAUUCAAACGUUUUGUUAAUUUAUAUUAAUCAUUCUUUUUGUUCCACACUUUGGUCAGUGCUUGCUGUUUUUAAAGUGCUUUAUAAAUAAAGUUGGAUGGCAGUUCAUUCCAUUUAACCUUAA